AUGGAGACUGCGCUAGCAAAAACGGCAGAGAAAAGGCAAGUUGCUUUUCUUGCUUUGCUAUUGCUUGUGUGGGGGUCUGGUUGUGAGACAAUUCGGUAUUCCAUUCCAGAAGAAACGGAAAGUGGCCACUUUGUGGCCAACUUGGCAAAAGAUCUGGGGCUGAGGGUGGGGGAGUUGGCCACUCGCAGCGCGCGAAUCCAUUACAAAGGAAACAAACAGCUCUUGCAGCUAGAUGUAAAGACAGGCAGUUUGCUCCUGAAUGAAAAGCUGGACAGGGAGGUGCUGUGCGGGGUGACAGAACCCUGUCUAAUGCAUUUCCAGGUCUUACUUGGAGACCCAGUGCAGAUUUUUCAAGCUGAUUUGCACCUCACAGAUAUAAACGACCAUUCUCCAGAGUUCCUAGAGAGAGAGAUGCUCCUAAAGAUUCCAGAGAGCGCCCAGCCAGGGACAGUGUUCCCUCUGAAAGCAGCGCAGGACCUCGACAUAGGGAGCAACACUGUCCAGAAUUACACAAUCAGCCCCAACCUUAAUUUUCAUGUGGUUACCCAUCACCGCGGAGAUGGCAGGAAAUAUCCAGAGCUGGUGCUGGAUAAGGCGCUGGACAGGGAGGAGCAGGCUGAGCUCAGCCUCAUUCUGACUGCGCUGGAUGGUGGGGCUCCACCCAGCUCUGGGACCUCCACAGUGCGCAUAGAAGUCGUGGACAUCAAUGAUAACGCCCCUGAAUUUUCACAGUCGCUGUAUGAGGUGCAGGUUCCUGAGAACAGCCCGAUGGAUUCUUUAGUUGUCACUGUCUCUGCUCGAGAUUUAGAUGCAGGAACGCAUGGUAGUGUGGUCUAUGCUCUAUUUCAAGUAGAUGGUGUUUCCCAGCCGUUUGUAAUAGAUGAAAACACAGGAGAAAUACACUUGAGAAGGUUGUUGGAUUUUGAAGCAACUCCGUAUUACAAUAUGGAGAUUACAGCCACCGAUGGCGGAGGGCUUUCAGGAAAAUGCACUGUGGCUAUACAGGUGUUGGAUGUGAAUGACAAUGCCCCAGAACUGACCAUCUCGUCGUUCAUGAACACCAUUCCGGAAAACUCACCAGAGACUGUAGUUUCUGUUUUUAGUGUAUUUGAUUCAGAUUCUGGGGAUAAUGGGAAAAUGAUGUGUUCCAUUCCAAAUGAUCUCCCGUUCUUCUUAAAGUCCACAUUCGAGAACUUUUACACCCUAGUGACUGAGAGGCCACUGGACAGAGAAAGCACAGCCGAAUACAACAUCACCAUUACCGUCUCCGACUUGGGGAUUCCCAGGUUGCAAACCCAGCACACCAUCACCCUGCAGGUGUCCGACGUGAACGACAACGCCCCCGAAUUCACGCAGUCGUCCUACACCCUGUGGGUCCGCGAGAACAACAGCCCCGCCCUGCACAUUGGCACCAUCAGCGCCACAGACAGAGACUCGGGCAGCAAUGCCCAGCUGACCUACUCGCUGCUGCCCGGCCCGCAGCCCGGCGCCGACGCGGCGGCGGCGCUGGUGUCCAUCAACGCGGACAGCGGGCAGCUGUUCGCCCUGAGGGCGCUGGACUAUGAGGCCCUGCAGGCGUUCGAGGUGCGCGUGCGCGCCGCCGACCGCGGCUCGCCCCCGCUCAGCAGCCAGGCGCUGGUGCGCGUGCAGGUGCUGGACGCCAACGACAACUCGCCCUUCGUGCUGUACCCGCUGCAGAACGCGUCUGCGCCCUGCACCGAGCUGCUGCCCAGGGCGGCCGAGCCGGGCUACCUGGUGAGCAAGGUGGUGGCGGUGGACCGCGACUCGGGCCAGAACGCCUGGCUGUCGUUCCAGCUGCUCAAGGCCACGGAGCCCGGGCUGUUCAGCGUGUGGCCGCACAAUGGCGAGGUGCGCACCGCCAGGCUGCUGAGCGAGCGCGACGCGCCCAAGCACAGGCUGCUGCUGCUGGUCAAGGACAAUGGCGAGCCGCCGCGCUCGGCCAGCGUCACGCUGCACGUGCUGCUGGUGGAUGGCUUCUCGCAGCCCUACCUGCCGCUGCCCGACGCGGCGGCGCCUGAGCGCGCGCAGCCCGACCGCCUCACUGCCUACUUGGUCAUCGCGCUGGCGGCCGUGUCUUCUCUCUUCCUCUUGUCUCUGCUGCUCUUCGUGGCCGCCAGGCUGUGCAGGAGGAGCAGGGCGCGCUCGCUGGCCGGCUGCGCGCUGCCCGAUGGCCCCUUGCCUGGACACCUGCUGGACGUGAGUGGCACGGGCACCCUGGCCCACAGCUACCAGUAUGAGGUGUGUCUGCAGGCAGGUGCUGGCACCAAUGAGUUCAAAUUCCUCAAACCGAUAUUACCCAAUAUUCUGCCUCAGGAUUCUGGUGAAGAGACAGGAAACCAUCCUCUCUUCUGAGAUAGCUUUGCAUUCUCUUAGAUAUCUCUUUAUGAUGUUAUUUUCUUCCUAUUCACCUUAACUAGUUCUACAAUUUAUUUGUAGACAAAGUUCAGUGUUAGUAGUAAAUCUCAACCUCGUUUUGUAUGUGUUGAAGUUGCAUGUGUUCACAUAUUGUCUUUUCAAACUCGUACACGUGUUUGGUUUUCCUGCGAUUUUUGUUGUCUCA